ACCUCCUGCCUACCAUUACACUACUUACCUCACUAUCUAUCUACCUACGCUAUCUAUCUCCGUCAUCACCUGCGCCUCGGCUUUAACAUCUACCGGCCUCUUAUCUGCAACAUCUGCUUCAACUCCCUGUCCUUCUCUUUCGUCCUCCUCGCCGUCGUCGUCAUCGUCGUCUUUCCGAACCCAGCUCAACUACACUCAACCCAGACUCUUCAAGAUGCACUCCUUCUCCAGGUCCAAUUCCAUCACAUCGCUCUCCUCGGCAUGCUCGGAUAUGGAUGACACCAUGCAGAUCUUCGUCAAGACCAUCACUGGUGACACGUUGCCAAUCACCGUACCUUCGUCAACAUCAAUCUCGACGCUUCGUCAACUUAUCGCACUGCGAACAAACCUCCCAGCGCAAGACCUCCGCCUCGUGCACGCCGGCAAGCACCUGAUAACAUCCGCCAAGUCAGACCCAAGCUUAGCAGAGUGCUCAAUAACUCGGGAUUCAACGUUACACCUUGCGAUGCCUUUGCGCGGCGGAGCGCCAAAGAAGAUCCGGUGCUCGUUCAAGGAGUGCAAAGACGCUGCCCAACGGAUAGUCGGCGAUUGCGGCUUUUGCUCCGGGCACUUUUGCGGCAGGCACCGGCUGCUGGAGGACCACAAAUGUUCUGGUCUGGAAGACUGCAAGAAGGAAUGCCAUCAACAAAAUGCCGAUAAGCUCAAUUCCGAGAGGACCGUUGCCAUAAAGGGCGUUUAAAUACACGGUUAUGCUGUGGCAUAUCGUGCCGCGCUGCGAACGAAUCUUUUUCCAUAUACGUUGACUGUCGGCGCAUUGAGCAGUUGGGUUUCUGCAAGUCUCUAGCGAUUUUGCUUGCUUGCUCGCAUUUGGGUUCGCCUUGGAGUUUGUUUUGCGAUUCGCCUGCCGUCAACCAGGCGUCCGUUUUUAUCGCAACUUUAGACAGUCUUGUUAUGUAUCUCCUACCACGAUAAUCUCCAAUGCACGUGCCUCAGGCGCAACUUGAACAUUCACGAUCCCCAUACUUUCACUUCUUUACAGUG